UGAACUGUUAUCGCGGGUGAAUGCGUUAUUGUAUAAAGUUUAUAAAAAGUUUUAUUAAUUACUCAUCUAAAUACAAUACGUUAUAAGUUAAAUAUGUUUUUUUACGUUCAAUUCUUGUCGGGAAGUUUAAGGGGUACAAGGAGAAUUGUGAGUGAUUCAGAUUUUCGACAUCCUCCUGAAGCUGACUCUCCUGAGCAAGUAAAUAAAACUAAAAAGUACAAAGUUUGUGGAGAGGAUGAAAAAACUUUCUUCUCUGCAGUAAUACUGUUUGUUUCAGAACCUAUUUCUCCUUCCAAAAACAAUAAAGAGCGUACUCCACUUGCUGCUCUACAAAAACCAAAUCUACCAGAAACUCGAAAAGUGAAGAUUUCACAAAAAGCGAAAUCUACAUCUUCUGGUUCCUCUACAAAAGAUAAACCGAGUACUUCAAAUCAAAAUUUUCCAAUAUCAGGGUCAAAAAAUGUUGGAAAUGUGAAUUCGGAGAACGAGAAUUCUUUUUCUUCUACAAUUAAUAAAACGAGUGCAGCAAAAAAUAAUGAAAUUCUUUCUCCCUCUGAAAUUAUUGAACACAGUAUUUUUUCUCAGCUAAACCGAGAGGCAGAAAAAGUGCAUUCAAACGAUGACAACUUGAAUCCUAUUGACAACAAACUAAAUUCUCUACCUUUAAAUUCACUGUCACAUGAUAGUCAUAUCGUUAUGGAUAAAAUGGUGCCUGUACUCUCUCUCGUUGAAUUUCCGCUUUAUCAUGAAUCAUCAACAAAUGAUUGUUCAAACUGGGAAUGUAAAUCGCGAAUAAUAAAAGCUGAAGAUACAAUUGCAAAUUUAACUAGGUUAUUGAAUCAACAAUUAAUUAUAGUGGAUGAGCAAAGACUAGAAAUUAGAGCGGAAAAGGAAAGAAAUGCUGAACUUCAAUUAAAAAUUGACACCAGUUAUGACGAAUUUCAAGCAAGAAUGCUCGACAUUAGACAGAAUUCUCGAUCAGCGUCUUAUCCUCCCAUUGGAUUUAUUCGAUCAUCUGAUGACCACAUCCAUCUAGGCAGAGAUAUUUGGCUUGCGAAAUAUAAAUAUAAUGAAGCGUGCACUGCUUCAUCGACUUCCUUGUUUGUCAAAUUAUUAUCCGAUAUGGUUUUCUCACCAGAAGAACUACAAAACUCAACCAUAACUGGAAAGCCGAGAAAUAGGCAAAAAACUUCAAAAAGGGAAAUUAAAAAAUUAGACCCAACAAGAUUUCUAGUGAUAAAAGACAUGACAAGAUUUUGGCUAGAAGGAUUCAAGGAGGUUUCAGAUACUUUUGUCGACAACGAAGUCAGCAAAGUAAAGGGUCACAUUUCUGCCAAAAUUGCAGAAUUGCAGAGAACUCCAAGUUCAAAAAAGAAAUCUAAAGAAUCAAAGAGCAAAAAGGGAAAAACUGGAGACGAUUCUAGCUCAAAUGAUCUUUCAGAAAGUGGUACCUUGGAAAACCCUGUAAACGACUCUGCUUUGGGAAAUUCUGGAGACGAUUUCAUCGACGAAAAUUCUAAAGACAAUUAUGAGUUGAACAGGAUUUUUGACAAUUUACCCUCUAGUGACAGCGAUUAAUAUAUUUUUCAUUACUUUUCAAAUUUCAUAUAAUUUCAUUUUAUUACAUAUUUUUCAUUAUAAUUAUAAGUAGUGUUUGUUAGGCCUAUUAAUAUAUUUAGGUAUUGAAAAUCCAAAACCGAUUUUUGGUUUUUGAAAAAACCGGUAAUUUUUAAAAUACCAGGUUUUUUUAAAAAAAAAACCGUUUCGAGAAAGUUAUAGUUUAACCGAAAACCAGUAUUUCAAAACAGGAAAAAGGUUUCCAAAAAUACCGGCUAAAUACCGGUAUACGAGUUUUCUGCGCAGGCCUAGUGUUUGUUACGUCUCGUAGGCAUUUAUAAAGUAAAUGUUAGCAUAAAUGGAUGCGUCUAUUGAAAGUGUUCAGUGUUAAACUAGUUGCAAAAUUCCAAAAAUUAAAAAUUUGUGUUCAGUGUUGAACUAGUUGCAAAAUACCAAAAAUUAAAAAUUUGUUACG